UUGAAUCCAUUGAUAUCUCCAUCAAUGGAUUCACAGUGAAUGACACACUUCUUACCAUUGAUUGUGAGUUGAGGUACGGUUUGUUGAGAAUCAGAUCCAAUGGGAUAUAUUGGUUGAGAUGAUGCACAACACACUGAUUGUGUGAUUAAGUAGUGAUUUGUUUGAUAUAAAUAUCGGUUAUUAUUCAUGAAAUGAGACAAAACUGAACACAAAAAUCAUAUCAAAAAGUGUUUUGUUUUCAAAAUACAGUCGACGACGACAUCAAAGGGCUUCUCAUAUAUAACGCUACGAAACGGAGGGGUCUUUGAGUGACAUUUUACAUGAGAGUCGAUAACAAACACAACACUAAGUGUUGACACCAAUAGUGACACGAAUAGUGCGAAAGUGACCACAAAUUCAGUGUUUUGGACGCAUUUGGCAGCAAAUGUUGCACUCAUUUGUGUGAAUCCUAUGAAUGACUGCUUUUGACGGCAAACACAUUGUCUGUGCAUUCAUUUCAUCCAAACCAUAGACUCCGUGAAGACAUGGAAGCGAAGGGCGAAUCAAGUGAACCCAUUUUGACCAUUAAAUUGCCGGAAGUGUCGAAAAUGGCAAAACACAGCAAAUUGGAGGACAUGGAGGACACCAACGAUGACACCAGUGAUGUCCACAACGACUCCAAUGAGGACAACAGUGUCUGCAGCGAAGACAAGAUGGACUCAUCGAUGAACUCCAGCCAAACGAGUAAAGACACACUGAAUAAGUCGAAGAAUGAGACCAAAGAGGGUAACAAAGAGCAGGAGAGGGAGGAUAUGCUGAAAGCGGACCAAUUGAAGCAAAAGGCUGAGGAGGAAGAGAGGGAGAAAAUGCAAGUUCUUGUGUCCAACUUCUCGGAAGAACAGCUCAAUCGAUACGAAAUGUUCAGGAGAUCUGCGUUUCCAAAGGCAGCCAUAAAGAGGUUGAUGCAAUCAAUCACUGGAUGUUCAGUGUCUCAGAACGUAGUGAUCGCUGUCUCGGGAAUCGCCAAAGUAUUCGUUGGAGAAGUUGUCGAAGAAGGUCUUGAUGUGAUGGAGCAAAACGGCGAAACAGGACCUCUUCAGCCCAAACACAUGAGAGAAGCCGUGCGACGGCUAAGACGUAAAGGGAUUAUUCCUAACCGCAGAUCAAGUCUUUACAAAUCACCACAAUUUCUAUGAAUGUAUCCAUUCUUUUCAAUCAUGUUUUCUAAUGUUUAUAUGUUUUAUGUAUUCACUCAUAACAGUAAAUAACUGACAUUUCGAAAGACAUUUAAUUUAUUGAAAUUAUAAUCAUUAACCGG